CAAGAGAGGAAGUCCCCGGAGCUUGUUCUAUCCGCUGGUCCAAGCCCCAUGGCCACCCUCAAGAAGUACGAAGCCAGGACGCCAGACACCCAACGCUUGACCAACCUACCCAGUAGACCACCGGUCAAACUAGAGUUUGAAGAUAUCACGUACAGCGUCCAGGUCGGCGGGAGCUGCUGUAGGAGGCAAAGAGAAUGCAAGACGAUAUUAAAUGGUCUAUCUGGCUGUUUUCUACCCGGUGAAUUAAUCGCUAUCAUGGGACCGUCUGGAGCAGGGAAAUCAUCAUUCAUGAAUGUAUUGGCUGGAUACAAAACUACAAUGACCAAGGGAACAGUGCUGGUGAAUGGAGAGAUUCGUGAUCCUCAGUUGUUCAGAAGAAUGUCUUGUUAUAUCAUGCAAGACAGUCACUUAUUACCACAUCUUACCGUGAGGGAAGCCAUGCACGUCGCAGCCGGACUGAAACUCCCUCGCAGAAUGAAGUGGAGUGAGAAGAAGGUUGCGAUUGAUGAGAUUAUGACCCUGCUUGGUCUUAUGGAAUGUGCUAAGACCAGGACCUCUCAGAUCUCCGGAGGCCAGACAAAGAGACUUGCCAUAGCCCAGGAACUGGUCAACAACCCGCCCAUCAUGUUCUUUGAUGAACCUACCAGUGGCCUUGAUAGCUUGUCAAGUCUGACAUGUGUUAAACUCCUGAAGAGCUUAGCCCAUGGAGGGAGAACAGUUAUCUGCACGAUCCACCAGCCUAGCGCCAAACUCUUUGAGAUGUUUGAUAAGCUGUAUAUUUUAGGAGAAGGCCACUGUUUAUACAGAGGGACGGUAGCUAACCUGGUUCCCUACCUGCAUUCCAUGGGUUUCGUAUGCCCUCCAUAUCAUAACCCGGCCGAUUUUGUCAUAGAACUUGCCUCUGGUGAAUAUGGCACAGCUGUGGAGCAACUAACCAAAGCAGUAGAGGACGGAGAAUGUGAGAGGUUCAGUAGUCACACCAGCCAAUCAUCGAUACAGGGAGCAUGCGGGGGCGUGGCCGUUGCUAAUGGCAACUCACAUACCAACAACGGCAUGGCAACAGUGGUGAUUCAGGAGCCGGAUGGGAUCAGCACCAAAAUAACGACAGCAGAGAACAAAUUACCAGACUUUUUUACGACAAGUUUUGGAACAGACGUCUUCAUGCAGUUUUGGGUUCUAUUCAAGAGAACAUUCAUCACCAUCUUCAGGGAUCCUACUCUGACUCACACCCGAUUCUCCUCACAUGUAGUAAUAGGAGUCUUAAUCGGCCUUCUCUAUCUUGAUAUUGGUGACGAUGCAGGCAAGGCAUUCAACAAUGCCGGCUUCUUGUUUCUUUCUAUGCUCUUUCUAAUGUUUUCUGCAAUGAUGCCUACAGUAUUAUCAUUUCCACUCGAGAUGAAUGUAUUAAUCCGAGAGCAUCUCAAUUACUGGUACAGCCUCAAGUCGUAUUACAUCGCUAAAAUGAUGGCCGAUCUACCAUUCCAGAUCUUAAUGCCUGCUGUAUACUGUACAAUCGUCUAUUGGAUGACGGGUCAGCCAUCGGAUGGCGGUAGAUUCCUGUUAUUCAUCUCCAUGGCAAUAUCAACGUCACUGGUUGCACAGUCGUUAGGAUUAAUUAUAGGUGCAGGGCUGCCUUUAGAGGUGGCUGUAUUUGUAGGUCCAGUCUCUAGCAUUCCCAUCCUUCUCUUCUCCGGAUUCUUCGUCACUCUGGAGAACAUCCCUGGAUACCUCCGCUGGAUGAGCUACGGUUCCUUCGUCCGCUACUCCUACGAAGGGGUAAUGGUCUCCGUCUACGGUCUCGAUAGAGGCCCCAUUCCCUGUAAGAGCCAGGACCACUGUAUAUUCGAGACCGCCCAGGACAUUCUCGAUGAGCUGGACAUCGGCUCGGACAACCUCAAAUUGGACUUUGGCGUUUUGGCCGUCUUUUUCAUCGUUCUGCGGGUCAUAUGUUAUUGCAUUCUGAGGAUGAAGGUCAAAAGACUCUUUUAGACAAGCAAUCGUCCAUAAUGUAUAUUCCAAGUUUGUUUCCAAAAUGAUUUUAAAUCAUCAAGAUACUCCUUGUAUGGGUAUAUCUUGUAUUGUCCAUGCACUUGAAGUAUCUAUGUCAAUGCCAGUGAGAGGAACAUCUGUAUUUAGUAUUUUAUUUGUUAAUCUGCUUUUUUCUCUCUUUUACCAAUAUCGGUUCACUACACAAGAUUUUGUGUUUUUCACAAGACUGCACCUGUGCAGUGAAUGACCGGAGAAGAAGAAGACCAAAAUGUACUUCAUUAAGGCGUAUUUCUUCACAAGAACCUAAACCUUAACCCUUUGCAGAUACUUUCAUGCUGUUUAUGAUAGUUACAUGUCAUUGAUGCUAGUAGUCAAUUCUUCUAAUUUUCAAUAUGUACAUGUAUAAGCAUUCAAGCAAAUGUAUUUCUCAGACCUUUAAAAAAUGUGACAGUUUUUGCUGCCCUGUAAUUUUGCACUCUAUGCAAAAAUGUAGAUAUACAUCCAUGCAACACAUGUUUGUCACAAUUCACCCAUUACCACUCAACAUCUUUUUUUUUUUUAGAUAUCUUCAGUUCAGUUUGAUGAUGUUUAAUUGUUUAUAUCUUUUUGUGGAGAUAAAUUACCAGGCUACAUCCUGCUAUUAAAACAAUAUGUGCUGGCUUUGCUAACUUCAUCAAACCUUAUUUGAUGUUUAUGAGAGAAUGUCUGAUCUUUACAGUUCUUUCUACACUGCUUUAAGUAUUAUGUUGUAGUUGAAGAAGUAGUAAGUUUGAAACAUAUAUGACCAAAAAGCUGAAAUCUGAUUACCUCUAAUACGUUAUGUAAACCUGUGAGAAUUUCAGGUUCAGGAGUUCAUGUCUAUUUUUAAAGUCACUUCAUGUUUUUAUUUCAUUGGUAUGAUUUUAAAUUGUAUGAUCAUCUUGUCAUUUGAUAAUUAUUUAUAAUAGAACGUUCGGUUGAGCAUGGGGAAACUUAAGUCCCACUCCCCCUUUGAAUAAAUAUUUCAAAGUUUGUACAGCAGCCCAUGUGAUAUGGAGUUGUCUCCUCCCCCGCCCGGAAUUAUUCCUAUUGAGCCAAACAAAACAUACACACAAUUGCCCCCUCCCUCUAAGACGGUCGCAUAUUAUAAAUGAGAGAAAAAAAAUAUCUAGAAUGCAUUCUGCUAUUCCUUUAAAUGUUCUUUCAACAUAGUAUAGCCCUAUCUUACAUGUAUAAAAGUCCCAGUUGCAUUUGAUAAAAUCUACAUGCUAAAAUAUUAAAGCAUAGGGCGCAGAGCAUGGAAUUUCAAUACAGUUCAAAUUAUCACCAUUUUACACCUUUCCCCAUUCAAAUAUAUUGCCCUUAAAAGAACCAUAUUGCCCUCAUCUUAGACUCGGGCCAAUAUGAUUCUAUUGGAGUCAAUAUAUAUGAUGUUUCCCUCAAGACCAGUCAAUAUUUUAUUCGUGUAAAUAUCCCCUGGCUGAAUCUACAUCUAUUUCCUUGUAAUAUCACGUUUUUAUAUUGACAACACCUGAGGCAACUCUCCAUUUGUUGGUGUUUAUAUCAUGUUAUAUUGACUGCUAGCACAUGCAAUAUUUUUUGUAUACACAUGCUUUUGUAAUAUGUUCACUGUGCAAUAUGAAUUAGUUUGUGAUAAAUAUUGAAGGAUAUUUUUUUUAUGUUGGUACUAGUUUGAACAAACUUUAAUAUAACAUGUAUCAAUUUUUUGAUUGACAUCACUUUGGUAACAGGCUAUUUGCAAAAACACCUUUUUGCAAAUUUACAACUCCCACGGGCUGUAAGGAGAGAGUGCAUUGUUUCUAAUGGAUAUUGAUUAGAAUAAACUCUGGAAUUGUCACAUAGAUCAAUAUUGUAUGUUGACAUCACAUUUGGUUUUUACAGGAUAUUUGUAAUAAACCUUUUCUUAAUUUAAACAUAUUCUGUAUAAAAUAUCAAGAGAAUUAUAUUUCUUUUGAUACGAGCAAACUCUAAUACUGUUAUACUUGUCAACAAAUGUUUAUUGACGACACAUGUGGCUGCAUGCUAUUUUCAAUAAUCCCUUUGUAAAUUAUCAAGUCCUGUGUAAAAUAAAAUAUAGUAUGUAGAGAAUAAUUUGUUUCUAUUCAUACUAGUAAAACUCAAUCUCCAAUAUUGAAAUACAAGUAAGUUUUUUUAAUAUUGACACCACCCUGCUUUCCGGCUAUUUGCUGUCACAAACCCUUUGAAAAGUUACAACUCUAUUAUGCUACAAUAUUGCUGUUUUAUAUGUAAAGAUAGAGUAUCAAUAUUCAGUGAGUUAACUUAAAUAAAGUUAUUGAUAAGUUCAAGAUUGAUAUUGCUCUGUGUCAAAUGGCACAAAAACAAUAUUCAAAAAUAUUUCUUGGAGAGCAGGACUCUCUGUGAUUAAAAGAUUCCAUUUACAACUUU